AUGGUGGGGAGGACUGCACACGACUACCACUCGGGACCGCAACUCUCUGCCACAACGCCGACGACAGACGGACGGGGGAAGGGCGUCGCCUUCGCUGGCGAUGAGGGCAGUGCCCAUACAAGACGGGCGGCCUAUGACGAGCGUGCGCGCACCACGUCGCUGAGUUCUGAGGACUCGGAGGGAUACGAGCACGUGAAUACGCUGCUCUCCGCGUCGUCGAUUGCGAACACGGAUGCCAUCUCUUCGUCAGGCUACUCGACGGCCAUGACAUCUGCUACCACCUAUGACGAGCGAUCGAAUGACAGCACGCCAAUCGCCGAACCGCCAUAUGCGCCUCCCAGCCUCACCCUCCUCGAACUCGUAUCCAAUACCGCGUCUUCAUCUGCACUUCCCGACAGUUUCGACGUCAACGUGUCGAGGAAAGGCGGCUAUGUGGCGGUAUACUCGGCCUCGAAUUUGUUCUUGAUCAAGACAGUGCAACUGCCGCGACUAUGGGCGAGGACAUUGCAAGUCAAGCGCAAGCCCGUGGCUAUUGACCUCACCGAGGACGGCUUUUUGUUGGCAGUACUAUCAAGACCUUCGCAGGUCGAUCUCUACGAAAUACAUGGCGAGGGGGAUAAUCAGAUCAAGAAGAGGCGCACCAUCAUGCUCGUGCAUGAGGCUAGCUCAAUAGUCAUAUCACCGGAUGCACGUAUCCUCAUCACGGGAAACAAAUUUGGCAUCGAGGUAAUCGCUAUUGGGCCUGAGGUACCCGAGACGACACGACGUACGCUUUCUGGACCCGCUGGUGACGCAUUGGAGUUCUCUGACGAUGGCCGAACGCUGCUUAUCACGGGGUAUGCAAGAAAGUCGGAUGGUUCAGCCCUUUUCGUUCUUCCUGGGCUUUACGAUGGCCCACUUACCGAGGAGGGUGAGCCCAUACCACAGCCACCAGAGGCCGCGUGGACGGGCUCGGUUCUGUUCCCAGAGACUGCGAGAAUUGCACGACAAGCCACUCUGCUUCCUGACGCGGACACGGGCACGUUCAACGAACUCUUUGCUUUCAAUGCAGAGGAGGAUUCGUGGGGAAUCUAUGACAUUGCAUGCCAACGCUUCACACAGAGGAAGAUGUUUCUGCCAGAUCACGCAAGAUGGACACGCUCAGAGUUUGUGGACGAUGCUAUGCCUGCCGUAUCUCCCAACGCUGAUCUUGCAGCGGUGGCUUUGCGGAUGCGCGGGACCACCAAUAUCUGGAUUUACGAAGUACCGGGUUGGGAGUACAAGCCGAGUGAGAAGACUAAGGUGGAUGCUCCUAUUCAGCCUUGCUUUUGCAUCCCGAUCCCCAAUGACAACGCAGGUACUCUGCAGGAGAUCUGUGUGCUGAGAUGGGUGAGGUUGAAUGCAAACGUACAACGGCUUGUGGCAGUUGGCAACUCCAACGUGCUACCCGACGAAAACGAUGUACCCGGAGCACCGUUGGGCUCGAAAGGUGUUUUGAUCGUCCUUGAUUUCGACAAGACAAAACCUUUGGGACGCGCUCCACCGACGCCGUUAAAGACAGAGUACGACUUAGAUCCCCUUUGUCCAGGCGAGAUGCUUCCCGAAGGCUCUAUAGACUUUGAUCGUGAGGUUGAACUGGUGCGAACCAGGACCAUGGCGCAGCGAAGAGCUCAGGAUCGAAACAACACUGUUGCGCGAAGACCUUCAAGGAUUGGCACCACACCUGUACAACGAUCACAUACUACCGCCAAUCCGAAUGCGCCACGGCCCCGAUUACCCUCUGAUGAGUCCGAGGAGUUGACACCGGAAGAGGCACAAGCAAUGUUCGAAGCUCCCUAUGACAACCAGCAACCUCGAUCUCAGAUGUCUUUGGCUAGAGCUGCGACUGUGGCAGCGGUGUCACCCGCAAAUCGUCGGCAUUUGCGCGCAUUACCUUUCAGACCCCUGGAAUAUCGUCGUGCAGACGGCCAUCGAGAACUACCACAUGAGAGUGAUGCAGAUAACUGGGUGCCGCCUCCACCGGCGUACACAACCACUGCCGCAGCAGCAGAAAGUGUCAGCUUGAGCCAUCCGGACGCGCCUCCAGUGCCGCGACUACCUCACGCACAUACUUCGUCUUCGAUACCGCCCGUCCCCCGAUUACCAACCAACAUGUCCGCGACGAUCGACCCCUCCCAGCUUUCUCCCUCACAUCCCUACCAGCAACGUCAGCAAUCAAUAUCCUCUAUCGAUGUAUCCUCGCCACCACCCCCAGAGCCAACUCGCCGUCCCUCUCUCAUCCACCCCUCCACGUACCCCAGCCCUCAAUCCUCAGACUCAAUCCGGCGGCGAAGAUCGAGCACCCGCUCGCCACCAGAACAAAUAUCCUACACCCCGUUGUCACACACCCCACGUACAUCUAUGUCCGCAACCGCAUACCCCAACACUUCCUCCCACAUGCCUACCCGCCGUCCCACGAACGGUAGUACCACUCAACGCGUCGCACACGACAACCUCGACCUCUACGCUCCACCGUCUGUCCCCAGCUUGCCGCCUAACAUGCGCCGCGGCUCAGCGCCUAAUGUAGCUGUCCAGCGCCGACCCUUACCACCGACUAGUCCGAGGAUGAGCAUGCAGCCGUACCAGACUGCACCGAUGGCAUCGAUAGCUGUGAAUCAGCAACCGAGAAACGCACCUGCGUUACCGCCUCUUGCGCCCCCGGGCCAGCAAUUUGUCGCUGGGCAGAGGUUCCCUAUUAGUGCGCCGCCAAGGACAGACCAGGUGCACAAUCAUCCUUAUGGAAUGCAUAGGGCGAGUCAGAGUGUGGGCAACUUGAUCAGUGGGCGAAGAGGCUCAAGGGUGGACCAUGAUGGUGUGUUGGUUGGAGAGAAAGAAAAGAAGGGGAAAGGGAGGAAGAAGAUUGGGUGUGUGGUUAUGUGA